AGAUUUCAUUGUCAAACACUCAAACUUGUGUUGUACUUUGUGAAGAGUUAAUUGUUAUUGUGACUGCUCUGAGUAAUAUAGGCUAACUGGAUUUUGUUCACAUUAUUAAUUGAUUUAGUUUUAAAUCUGUGACCAAGUUAAACUUAGUUGGACUUUCAAGCUCUCAAUAUGGAGAGAAUGAUUCUUCUCUCCUUGGCAGCAGCUUUGGUUGUUGCUCCUGUCACUCCAUUUACUGUGGAAUGCAUCAACGGAAACUGCACCGAAAAAGAAUCAUCAGAUGUUCCUAUGUUCAACCUGGCUUCCAUCUUUCCCUUCUUCGGACCAGUAGACUUUGACGCUAACAGAGACAGCGCACCUUCAGACACCGCACUUGUCCCUGCAGAGUCCAAUGACACUAAUCCGUCCGGAGGCAUCGUGUCCAUCCGGAUAAUGAGGGUUUUCUCCGUCCCGAACGUUGAUGACGCUGAUCAGCCAAUGGGUGACAUAGAUCAGACUCCCAGCGAAGUCCGUCCUUCUCUGUUGCUGCAGAAGAUGUUUGACAGCAUACUAGCUGACAUUGGCCUAUUGGACCUCUCAAACCGCAAUUUGACAAGUGCGGAGGUGUACUCAGCUCUAGCAGAACGUAAUGCAGAAGGCCGUCCAGUCAAGACUUUGAUUCUCAGCAACAGCCGUGUUCAUCCGAUGGACGCUGGCACCUUUGCCGUGGCUGAGGGCACCAUCAACACUCUUAUCAUGGCCAACUCCUCAGUCAACCUGGACGCUCUCAGAGGACUCACCAACCUCAAGGUGUUGAACUUGUCCAACAACAACCUCACCACUUUCCCCUGGUAUGGUCUGAUGGCCGACACUCUGGAGGUUCUUGACCUCAGCGACAACUUGUUUGUGGAAAUCAGACCAGAACUGUCCACCCUGAAGGCCCUGAGGGAACUUUACCUUUCCAACAAUAAGAUCAUGUCUGUUGAAGAAGCGCCUCUGAACUUGUUGCCAAACCUUGAGGUUCUGGACUUAUCCCACAACGUCCUUGUCAAUGGAAACUUUGCAAGCCUUAAAAAGCUCAGUCAGCUGAAUCUUGACUGGAACUUCAUGAGGUUGAUGAACACCAACGCUCAACUUCCCUCACAGCCUCUGACCCUCAAGUUGGCCUCCAACCCUUGGAGAUGCGAUUGUGGUCUGCUCAACGUCCGAGACAACAACGAGAUCCUCGACAUGGACCAAGUCAUGUGUCUCAAGCAAAGUUACGAUUAUAGCCAAUCCCCUGAUAAAUGGCUUGUCUCUAACCUAACCAAGGACUCCAUCGGUCACCGAGGUUGUGACGAUGUUCCCGAACUUUACAACUAUAUAUCUAACAAAUGUUUGACGCAGAAUCAAAUCGCCCAAGAUUUACUUUUGAUGACGGCGAUGUUUUUGUUUUUGAUUGUCUGCAUGUAUACUUUCAACAAAAUCUGUUUCCCCAAGACUGUUAGCAAGGGAAAGGUUUGGAUACGGGCCCAAGAGAUUCCAAAAUGGAGCUUUGACAAGCUAGGGAAGCAACAUGAGGUGCCUUAUAUUCAAGUUGAGAAGAGCCCUGUUAAAACUUAAGCUGUGGAAUACGAUUUUAAAACGUGUUGGGGGUAUUAACACAAAAUUUAGUGCCUUUUAAUGUCAAAUUAUUUGAGUUUAGGUUGCUAACAUAAUAAUUUUGAAAAAAAAACUAUAUUUAAAUUUUUUUGUCAAACUAUUUUUGUUCUCACUUUAUUAAACUAUAAACACCUUUAUCGAGUUUUUAUUGGUGGAGUAGUCGGUGAUUCGUUACGUUAUUGUGUUGUGUUUUGAAAGACUAAACACAUGCACAAAGUAUUUUACUGUAAAAGUUAUUUUAUAAAAUAUUCAUUUGACUAUGAUAAAGAAUCUCAUGCACAGUUAAAGUUUAAUAUAAAUACUUAUAGAAGAGGUGAAAUAAACAAAUUAAAAAUAACAAGGUCGAUGGAAAAGUAUAUUUUAGAUUUGCCGAAUAGUGGUAUAAAAAAUUGUUUACAAUAAAAUUAGAUAAAAUUUUAACUUUGAUUGGAGAAAAACUAAUUUAAAAUAUUUUACACUAAAUUUUUAGAUACACUGAAAUUAGUUUUAAAUUUGCAUCAAAAAUAUUUUCUUACAUAGGCUAAUUUAAAAAAUUACUAACUACCUAACAAUAUAAUGUAUGUGUGGGUAUGUGUAGUUUACAAUUAACACCUUAAAUGCCAUGAUCUGGUAGCUAUAGUUUAAAAUGUAAAAAAAAAUCUUUGUACUACAGUUACCUAACAAUCAACUGUUUUCCCCCUGAGUUAGACUCAUAUUAUCUGGUUUCUGAACUCUUUAACUCACUGUAAGAAAUUUUACCAACUGCAUUACAGAAUUCCAACCUAAAAACACAAAAUAGUCAUCAUUUUACUAUCUGGCAAUGCUGUGUGCUCUUAACACGCUGUUGGCAACACUGUAAAUAGAUCAGCUGUUGCACUUUUUACAAGAUUUGAAUGCAAUAACAAAGUAUAAUUUAAUGAUGUAGGAAUUUAAUCUUUUGAUCUUUUAAUAACUUUAUAGUAUUGGGAAAGAAGGCUUUCUUUAGUGGAAAAUUGUCCAUUUUGGCACACAAAAGUACUGAACAUAACAGUUUUAACAUAUUUUUUGACAGCAUUUUUACAAAUAAAGUCCAUUUCUGUUUACAGAUGUUUUUUACAUAUUUUUUUUGUUUUUAGGUAACUGUAGGAAAGAUAUUAGUGUGUAAUUAAGUAGUUUAGAAAAUAACUGAUAACCAUUAAAUUUCACUCGGUUUCACCUUAGGUUUAGUUAUGGGCAUGCAAUUGAUGUUUGUAUUUUAGUUAUAAGUGCACAGUAUUAUGAAAAAGACAUUUUGUAUAGUUUGGGAAAUAAAAGUGUUGUUUUACUAAC